AUGCCACAAGAUUACGACUCGAAAAUUAGCUUGCAUUUGGAUAUUAAUCAUGGUUUGGACAGAGUGACAGAAUUGGUACAAACUCGUCUGGUGGAAUGCGGCUGGAGGGAUCAGGUCCGAUUGGCCUGCAGAAAAGCCAUAGUGGAAAAUGGAAAUGAUCAACACGUUCCAACAGUGGACGAACUAAUAAGUACAGUAACACCCAAAGCAAGGGCACUGGUGCCAGAUGCGGUAAAAAAAGAGUUAUUACAUGAAUUGGAGUUAAUUUUAGUGAACGUGGACAAAAGUGGAUACAGUAAGAGCUUUUAA